AUGCUCAGCCGGAUCGAUACUACUCGCCAGCGGGUUUUGCAUGGGUUGAACCGUAGAUACAUUUACGGACGUCUACCUCUGCUACAUACGCUUUUGUUCCUCAUCGAGAUGGCGGUUACCAUGAGGCUAGCAGCCAAAUUCAACUCAUACUAUGCAGACAAGCCAGUGUUAACAACAAUGGUGACGAACGCCGUUCUCGGUGGAAUCGCCGAUACAGUGGCGCAGACAAUCACAGCUUUCCGAAUGCGAUCUAUGAAGCGAUCGGUAGACACAGACAGCGGAGUUAUAUCAAUUGAGAUCCAAGAUUUUGAUAGAGAGAAGCCUCCUCAAUGGGGAGAGUUGGGAUACGCGAAGAAUCGUCCUGCACCAUUUGAUUUUGAACGAUUAACACGAUUCAUGGCGUACGGUUUCUUCAUGGCACCCAUUCAAUUCCAAUGGUUCCGGUUCCUUUCGCGCACUUUUCCUAUCACGAAGACGUCGGCAACCGGUCCUGCUUUUAAGAGAGUUGCUGUUGAUCAGCUAAUGUUUGCACCUUUCGGUCUGUUCUGCUUUUUCACAUUCAUGACACUAGCAGAAGGAGGAGGUCGAAGGGCACUAAUGAACAAGUUCCGCGAUGUUUACCUGCCGACCCUGAAGGCCAACUUCAUCUUAUGGCCUGCAGUCCAGGUUCUGAACUUCCGUGUUGUCCCCAUUCAGUUUCAGAUUCCAUUCGUCUCUACUGUAGGAAUCGCAUGGACGGCGUACUUGUCGCUCACCAACUCGGCGGAAGAGGAGUAA